AUGAGGGUGGUUGCCCUGAUCAGUGGGGGCAAAGACAGCUGCUUCAACAUGAUGCAGUGCAUCGCAGCGGGGCAUGAGAUCGUAGCCCUGGCCAACAUCAGCCCCCAUAACAAGUCCGAGUUGGACAGUUACAUGUACCAGAGUGUGGGGCACGAAGCUAUCGAGUUUAUUGCAGCGGCGAUGGACUUGCCCCUGUAUCGGGAGGCCACCAGGGGGGUGAGCACCCAACAGGGCAAAAUCUACGAGCCCAGUCCGGACGACGAAGUGGAGGAUUUGUUCCGGGUGCUGGGGCAGGUGAAGGGGGACUUGGAGGUGGAGGGGGUGUCCGUGGGGGCGAUCUUGUCGGAUUACCAGCGAGUUCGGGUCGAAAAUGUAUGCGUAAGACUGGGGCUUGUGCCCUUGGCGUAUUUAUGGCAACGCGACCAAAAGGAACUACUUGACGAAAUGAUCAAAUGCGAGGUGGAUGCGGUUAUAAUCAAAGUUGCAGCUUUGGGGCUCGACCCCGGGAAACACCUGGGGCGCACUUUGAGUUCAAUGCAGCCCCAUUUACUGGCAAUGAGCGAAAAGUACGGGUUGAAUGUUUGCGGCGAAGGGGGCGAGUACGAGACACUCACACUUGACUGCCCACUGUUCAGGAGCAGAUUAGUCAUUGAUGAAUCGGACGUAGUUUUGCAUUCUUCUGACCCCAUAGCUCCCGUGGGUUACCUCCAGUUAAAAAAAAUCAGUCUUGAAACCAAACUGCCACUUCUUGAUUUACAAGAUCGCCUCAGUGGUUUACCCUUGAAAAAUAGUGACGGUUAUGUGACCGAUUACGGGGUCGAAGCGUCCGAUUUUAGCGAUGAUGAGUCGGUGAAUUCGUUAGAAAACGCCACUGUCACACUAGAGACCAUUGAACAGGAACCAAUGGGUGUGAAAAGUCGUGAUGGGUGGCUUUGUAUUGCUGGUAUUCAAGGCCGAUCUUCCGAUUUUCGCCAAGCUAUGGAGGAAGCAGCCGCCAAAUUAAAGUCUAUUCUGGGUCAACAUGACCAAACCGUCCAAGAUGUAUGUUCUUUGGUGAUGUUUAUCUCCGAUAUGUCACGAUAUGCGGAACUUAAUCAAGUCUACUGUGAGACUUUUAAUCAUGUAAAUCCCCCAAGUCGGGCCUGUGUUGAGGUGCCAUCGUGUUUUCCGGUUAUUUUAACAGCGUUGUCGUGGAAGGAGCCGCAUAAUCAAGCUGGGGAUUUCCCCCUUGAAAGACAUACAAUGCAUGUCCAGAGCCGGUCUCACUGGGCCCCUGCCAAUAUCGGGCCCUACAGUCAGGCUGUAAGAGUAGGUGAAUUGAUACACCUGGCAGGCCAAAUUGGCAUGAUCCCAGGAAGUUUAGAAAUGGUCAAAGGUGGGAUUAAAGCCCAGUGCCAACUAGCCUUAAGACAUGUGGGAAGGCUCCUUAAAGCAGUCGAUUCAAAUGUUAAUCUUAGAGACGUCGUACAGGGAAUUUGUUACGUGACUGAUGUUAGUUACGUCGAACACGCUCGUAAAUUAUGGGAGGAAAAAACAAAUAAUGCCAUAGUGGACUACGUUGUAGUGAGCCAAUUGCCAAAAAGUGCUUUAGUAGAGUGGCACGUGUGGGCACACCGUCACAACAACCAAUUUGAAUAUGAGGAGACUGGAAAGUGCUUCCAAGGUUAUUCCAUCUCGAUUUAUCGACGCUGGAAUUACGAAAACGACAUAGCGGCAGUCGUUUGUUACGUGCAUAACACGGAAGAAACCGAAUUAAGUGAAGAUAUUUUUAUAGAAACUGUAGAUUACGUUAUACAGAAACUAAAUCAGGGCCAUGAAAACGACGCAACUUCGGUCUACAAUCUGAAUAUUUUUUAUCCCCGAAUGAAAAUUCGGACUCUUAACGUGGACUAUUUGCAAAAGCUUGCCGAAAAUAUUGCGCUGGUUUACACACUGGUACCUGUGACGUACGUCAAGAGUGAACACACCUAUCUGUCGAUUUGUGGCGUCCGAAACCAGUAAUUGUUGUUUUAUUUUGACUGUUGUUGUUUUACAAAUAUACAUUUAUUUAGUA